AGUUACCCCCCUUUGUAAAUAAACCAAUCUGCGCGGAAAUGAUUUAAUGUUGAAAGUGAAAUUACAUUAGCCGACGUGUUUUCCAGGGAAAGGGCUUGUCUGACAGGCAGGUAGUUCUAGUACCAUGGCUGCGAACGUUCUUGGAAUGGCCUUUGUGCCCUACUACAACCACUUAAUGACGUUGUUGGAAACAAACCAGGAGCUAAAGAAAAGUGCCACAGGUAUAUUCAAGCAAGUGGCGUGGGGAGCUGGGGGUACCAUUGCUGGUGGUGUGGUCGGUGGACCUGUUGGUGCCAUGAUUGGAGGGCUUGCAGGGUCUGUGAUUGGCUACUGUAGGAGUGAUGAGUACCAAUCAAUGAUCAAGGUACUGAAGGAACUGACGGAUAAAGACAAGAAGCGACUCGUCAGUCAAGUUCAAGAAGUGGUAGGGUCAACAGGGAUUGAGACUCUCACUCGCUUCAUUGGGCAACAGGCCCAGAGGGAAAUUCUACUCAAUGUACUGAACAAGUUCACUACAGAUCUCAAAGGAGGAUAGGCAUAUAGAGAAAACAGUCAUGGACAUUUUACGUGCAUACUGUCUUGAUAUAAGAAUAAUAUUCUUCAAACAUGUCACAAAUCAUUUUCACUUAUAUAUCUUCUAACACUUAGAUCUGCUUUUUAUCUGUACAUUUAUUCAUCUCAAUGUGCCUGAGACUGAAAAUAUCUUGUACUUGCCAUUUCUAUAUUGCUUUAUUAGUAACAUAUAUAUAUAUACAUAAACAUUCAUAUUCUGAAGACAAUGUGAAGAGACAUCUCAAAAUGUAAGCAUUGUAACUCGUGGGAGAGUUAUUGCCCUUUACAAAUGUAGGUCAUGUGAUAUUGGUACAACCUUUGAUCAAAUCAUGAGUAAUAAAUGUUGCUUUAGGUCCCAUCAGCAAUUUUGCAGCUAUUCGUGGCUCUCAAAUCAUGAAUAGUAUGUUAUUUUGUAUCAUGUACAUUGUGUUGCUGUGCAUUUAUAUACCAGCCUGAUCUUAUCAGACAAUAUAUAUGUAUAAUAAUGUAUGUACUUGAUGUAAAUAGGCAUGCAAGCAGAGUCUGUACUUUCAGAAAACAAUAUUAGCAUAUGGGUGUUAGAGGGGCCUUGGUGUCAUAGCAUGUCUACCAUGUCACUACUCUACCCUAGGGUAGUUCAGUAAUCAUUUGCAUAUAGUUGGGUUUGCAGAGGGAAUUAUGGUGAUAUUAUGCAUAAUUUUAAAAUUGUUAUGAAAUAGAUUACAUCACCUCAUUUUGACUGAAACAUCAUCACUUAUACUUGUACUUAUAUUUUGUGUAUGAAUGAAAUAAAACUUGAAUUGAUUUAUUUUUUA